GUUUUUAUAAGAUUUAUGUACCCACACCGUGCACGCACAAACAACACAUCUCUCUCUCUCUCCCACCGAGUUCAUCGUACUCGUCACAGCAAUGGCUGCUCUGCAAUACUUGGAGUCUCUGCGCACUGACCAUCCAGAGCUGUCCGAUUGGUACAGUACCCUCGCAGAUCUGUACCAGAGGAAGCUCUGGCACCAGCUUACCCAAAAGCUCGAGCAGUUUGUCGCUCUAGCGAAUUUCGUUGAGCCUGGGUUUGGAGACCGAGUGAGGUUUUUGGGAGAAUUAGUGCUUUUGUUUCAGAAUGUUUAUAGGGUUUGUAAUGAAGUCAAAAGGUGGUGUUUGGUUUUGGAGAGAAGUGAGUCGAGGUUGAGUAAAAAGAGAAUUCGAAAAUUGAGCAGUAUGAGACAUGGUUCAGAGGACAUGGAGACACAACAGUCACAGUGUUGCAAAAUGAUAUUAGCCAAUGUGUACGAAUGCUAG